CGCGCAGUUGGAGGCAGGUUCCUGGGUUAAGUGGCGGUGUGGGUGAGUUGGAUCCCGGUGAAGUCCCGUGGUUCCUCCGGUUUCCCACAUCGCCGCUGCCGCCUCGUUCUUCCCUCACCAUGUUCCUCACCCGGUCUGAGUACGACAGAGGUGUGAACACUUUUUCUCCUGAAGGAAGAUUAUUUCAAGUGGAAUAUGCCAUUGAGGCCAUCAAGCUUGGUUCUACAGCUAUUGGUAUCCAGACAGCAGAGGGUGUCUGCCUAGCUGUGGAGAAGAGAAUUACCUCCCCACUCAUGGAGCCCAGCAGCAUUGAGAAAAUCGUAGAGAUUGAUGCUCACAUAGGUUGUGCCAUGAGUGGGCUUAUUGCUGAUGCUAAGACUUUAAUUGAUAAAGCCAGAGUGGAGACACAGAACCAUUGGUUCACUUACAACGAGACAAUGACAGUGGAGAGUGUGACCCAGGCUGUAUCGAAUUUGGCUCUACAGUUUGGAGAAGAAGAUGCAGAUCCAGGUGCCAUGUCUCGUCCCUUUGGAGUAGCACUGUUAUUUGGGGGAGUUGAUGAAAAAGGACCCCAGCUGUUUCACAUGGACCCAUCUGGAACCUUCGUACAGUGUGAUGCUCGAGCAAUUGGCUCUGCCUCAGAGGGUGCCCAGAGCUCCUUGCAGGAAGUUUACCACAAGUCAAUGACACUGAAGGAAGCAAUCAAGUCUUCACUCAUUAUCCUCAAACAAGUCAUGGAGGAGAAGCUGAAUGCAACUAACAUAGAGCUAGCCACGGUGCAGCCUGGCCAGAAUUUCCACAUGUUCACAAAGGAAGAACUUGAAGAGGUUAUCAAGGACAUUUAAGGAAGUGUGAGCCUCACAACUUUUUUGGGACAAUUUCAGUUCUCCCAAUUGCCCUUAAAUUUUAUUUCCAGCUCCUAUUCCUUGGAAAAUCUCCAGUCUAUGUGCUUUUUUUUUUUUUUUUAAUGAUGUCUGUACAUAAAGACAGUUCUGAAAUAAAGAAAUUUUAAGAUAUUUAGUAGA